GGUCAUACUAGUAAUCGGCCUUCAACUCGGAAAAGGAAACCAACGGACCCCGAAAUUGAUGUUAAAUUAUCAGUUUUAGCUUGUCUACGACCUUUUAGUUCGAUCUUUUAUGGAGAAGACAAAUGUUUCAACUUCCAGUGUAUGCACGGGGUACAUUGUGCGUUAGAUUUGGGAAACUAACCCCGAGACCUCUGUGUUCGUCUUAUGGAGAGGCAGGUCACGAUGCUGUUUUCAAAGCCAAGAAGCCUCAACAAGAUUCCAUGAGCCAGGUAAACAGAAGAAGCAAAAAAGAGUGUCAGCUUAUUCUGGACCAUUUUGACCAGCAGUACAGUGAAGAGCUUGGGGACUUGUGGGCGUCUGUGAGAUCUGUGCUCGUCGACCCUCAUUCCUGGCAGUACGGCGUGUUGCUGAACCGCUUCACUGUGGUGACAGACAUCAAGCGUGUCCUCUUGUCACAAGGCUUUUCCACACUACUGCCUCAAAAAGAAGCCCUGACAUUACCGAGUGUUGUGCCCACCGUGUUCAAUGCUGACUGUCAAACAUCCAAAAACUCUCAAGCCAAGUGUCCCAAGGAUGACUCCCAUCUGCAUCUUCAGAACAGCUCUCAUACACUCAUUCAGCAGCCCGAGUCAGAACGAUGCCUCACUCUGCCCUCUUUGUCGUUACAGUGUUACAUCCACCCGUAUCCAUUGCGUUUUCCAUCACAGGCUCACAGGCCCGGGCAGCUGAAGCAAUACUACCUCCUGAAUGCCGCCUCCUUGCUUCCAGUACUUGCUUUGCAAGUCAGAAAUGGAGAUAAAGUUUUGGAUCUGUGCUCUGCUCCCGGGGGCAAAGCUUUAACUAUAAUGCAGUGUGCAACCCCAGCAUUCCUCUGCUGUAAUGAACCCGACUCUCACAGACGCGACAGGCUGGCUAAAACACUGGAGUCAUUCCUGCCUCAUUCAAUGAGAAGCCGAGUGGUUGUGUCGGCCCAGGAUGGACGGUGCUUUGGGCAAAGGGAAGAAGGGAAUUAUGACAAGGUCCUGGUUGAUGCUCCAUGCUCCAAUGACAGGAGCUGGCUGUUCUCACCCGCUGACCAGCAGGUGGAACAGAGGUUAAAACAGAGAAGCAGACUGCCACGGCUUCAGGUCCAACUACUACGGUCUGCAUUGUCAGCAGUACGUCCAGGGGGCGUUGUGGUCUAUUCAACAUGCACCAUGUCCACCGCAGAAAACUUUGCCGUGGUAGAGGCGGUGCUCAGAGAUUGUCCUGAAGCCGAACCCGAGGACCUCUGGGAGGAGAUUGCUCUUCCCUUAUCGACCUACUUCACAUUUCGUCCUGCUCACCGUGUUAGUGGACUGGUAACCCACACACAAUCCCUGCAGCCACUGUGUGGCCACGCAUCCUCAUUUGACCAAAAAUUGGGCAUUCUGGUACUUCCACAGCCUUGUAAAACCUGGGGACCGAUGUUUUUGUCUCGGCUUAGAAAGAGGAAGAAAUGACAUCUGAAUGUAAGAAAUUGACAUUUUAAUUAAACGUCUGUUCCUUAAAAUAAAUGUAAUACACAUCUGAAUUUAUUACACAUGCUUACUCAGUUACUUUUAACAAAGAGCCAGGUUUCCUCAUUGUUGGAAAUUGUUUGCCAUGCAUAGGUAAAUCAGUAGUUUACAGAUGCUCUUGUGUAUAUCCCAUUUAUACUCAAUUAAAACACAAAGACUAUUAUGCACACAGUCAAUGAAGAUGCGUCCUUGUUCUCAUGGAAUAUUAAACCUAAAUGAAUGAAUUAAAUGAACUUGACUUCGUUGACGAGAUAUGUUAAACCAGUGGUCACCAACGUGGUGCCCUCGGGCACCAGGUAGCCCCCCACGACCACAUGAGGUGCCCGCAAGCCUGCUUUUCAUUCAGGUUUUCAGUUAAUAAUGAAAGAACAGUAGAAAGAAAUGCAUUCUGAAAUACAAAAUGUGAGUUGUGGACACCAGCAUUUUGUUAAUGUUCUGGUAAAACAAGCAUAUUCGCUUUGUUUGGGUUUAAAAUAAGCUCUGAAAAUAAAUGUUACAAAAAUGAGUAGCUCUUGGCCAUUUUCAUUUGGUAAAUGUAGCUCUCACAAGGAAAAACGUUGGUGACCCCUGUGUUAAACACUGGAGUGGUUAUGAUUGAAAACUGCACUUUAUGUUACAUCAUUGGUCAUCUUUAUGUCAUUUCUAAAAAUAUGGUUUUUGUCUGUCAAGAAAUGUAAGAGCAGUAAUCACAUCAUCAAGUUAGAGUUCCCCUGUUCCGUGCUGCACCAGAUGAACCACUUUUAGGUAAGCCCAUCAGCUCAGAUUUUACACACUUCAACAAGUCAUUUUCUUAAGUUCUGUCACCCCCCAGUUGGUCGUUACAUGACUGCUGCCAUGCCAGAGUGGUCAGGCUUGAAAUGUUGAGAACGUAACCUUGCAUUUGACUUUCUCAGCACUGAAAUGGCACUCAGCAGAGCACAGACAUAUACCAAGGCCCAACGAUCCUAAUUUGGAUGUGCACAAAUAGUAAAUUAAUAUACACACUUCCUGCAUAUACCUGAAUUAUGCCAAUAAGAUUCAUGCAGUAUAACUGGUGGAGUUUCGUAUACAGUCGUCUCUCACCACUGUGCGGUUCGAAUUUUGCUGCUUCACUUUAUCAGGUUUUAAAAAAAAUAUAUUAAUGAAUAAUUCAUGCUGUUACAUAGUUGAAUAUGGCUGAGGCAAAACAUAUGCAUAUUUAAACAAGUGUUAAGUAUUUUUUGCCAAAAUUAAGCAUUCUCAAACAAAAAAAUAAAAACACAUGCUACCGUUGCGGCUGUAAGCCAUGGCCAGGUAAAACUCAACUCAGAACCCCCGACAUCACUUCCUGUCCACCCUUCACUCAGCUUCCGCAGAGAACACAUUUAUAACGACACACACAAGCAUGAGUCUUGUUUAUGGCUUAAAUGGCUUUUUAACUCUUAUUAUGUCUUCUAUAUUGGGAAAUAUGAGUGUAAAGGUGAUGUGAGUGUGAACGGUUGUUUGUCUAUAAGUGCCCUGCGAUUGGGUGGUGACCAGUCCAGGAUGUACCCCGCCUCUCGCCCAAAGUCAUCUGGGACAGGCUCCAGCAUACCCGCGACUCGAGUGAGGACAAGCAGAUGGAUGGAGUGUAAAGGUGACUAUAGGGGUUUUAGUUCAUGUGUAGAGGGCUCUAAUAAUAAUUCGUAACUGUAUUUAGGAGGUCAUAAACAGGUUUUCCAUGCUCUAGCUACGAAAAUAUUGGAUUUAUCAAUAAGGAAUCGUACUCCGCGGAAAUUCACUUAUCACGUUCGGGUCUGGAACCAGUUAACUGUGAUAAACAAGGGAUUACUGGACUGCAAUUCACGGGGAAAGACGGUGAAAAAUCUUGUACAUGGAUUUUAUAUUUUAUGCAGUGGUUUUUUUUCCCAAUGUUUUUUUGCCUAUCUAGAAAUUGGACAGGGCUGGAAAAAUAAUCUGAGCCAGUCUGAAUACCUGAAUUGCUGUAUUUAAUAAUAACAUAGUAGUAACAGUUGUUGUUUUGAAAGAAAAAUGUAUGUUACAUUUCUUGGAGCAAUUUAUAAUGAAUACAGUAAUUUAUUUUGUAGCCUGCCAUUUUUCUUAUAAAAGGGCCACUGAUGCUGGUGUUAAGCCAAGAUAUAUUGACGAAACAUUACAUUGCGAAGGACACCAUUGCUGAAAUCGGGAAAGCUGCCAUAACCCUGCGUCUGCUUCAUCCACCUACACUGGGUGAACACCGUUUGUUUUUAUUAUUUUAUUUUAUGCCUGCUCUACUUUUGCUGACGGCCUUUUGAAAUGUAACCACCGCAUCUCAUCAACGUGUGUUCAUAUGGCUAGGCAACUUAAAAAGACAUGUGGCGAUGAUAUGUCGCGAUGAAGUGGGGGUACAAAAUGGCCCGCCAUUUUGCUGACCUCUGAGUGAACUCUGGUUUGUUGAUGUUCCCCAUGUUGCCGCGGUUCCUCGAGGGGAGAAUCUCUAAGCAGCUUUCCCUCCACUUCAAAGGGAGAAUAUAGGCCUGCUUUGCAUAAUCAGGUGGGGAACAGAUUUUUGCCAGAGAGGCAGGAAUUAAUUUGUGGCACCGCCAGAUGCAAUCAUUAAAACCCCAGUCAUCGGCAAUAAUGAGAGAGGAGGAGGGGAAAUUAGAGCAGGAAAUGUAGUGUGAGUGAAUAAGGAGAGCGCUACGAUGAUUGGAUUGGCCUGCCAAUGAAGUUAAUUUGUAUUGCCUUUAUCCCUUCAUAUUGAUAGUUUGUGAUAUUGUAUGGGGUAUUGUAUUCCCUAAUUAAAGGUUCUUACCUCUGCCAAAGAGGAUAAGCGGCAUAGAAAAUGGAUGGAUGGACCUGUGCCAAGGAAGAACUACUUAUAUGCAUUUAUCACGAUUUUUAAAAAGCCCAUAAAAUUUGUAUUGUGUAUUCACAUACAGUAUACAUUUUGUGACUAUUUUUAAUUUUCCGUCAUUUCCUCAAUUACUUAUUGAAUUGAAUAAUGCAUGAAUUUUAAUGAGAAAACGCGGUUAAAUGAGCUGAAAAAUGUAUGAUGCACGGCAUGCGGUGUUCAUUGUGAACACACGCUUGAGUCACCGUUUGACUUUUCCUUAAAUUUGAACCCGUUGAUUUUUUUGGUGGAAAACGGGCCUGUGUUCAGUCAUGCACGCAAUUAUGCAAUACAUGUUGGUAUGGAUGAUGCCCAUGCUAACAUAUGAAAAUAAAAUAAAUAAGAUAUUCAGUUGUAAUUUUAGUGGCUAUUUUUUGGAGAGUCUACGUUUUAUGACACAUCCUGUAGUGCCGUGCAAAAGUCUUAAAUCAGUUAUUUAGACAAAAUAUGUAAAUAGUAGUUUUUUCAUUACAUUGGAGAGGUUUCCCCUCUACUUUACUUUGUUUUUACCUUGCUUUAAUUGUGUUUAUUUUAGAGAUAAUUAUAAUGCUGUCUUCCACGCUAUUAAGACUUGUGAACUUGUGAAUGUACGCGAGAACGCGAGUGUGAAUGGUUGUCUCUACAGUGGUGUGGAAAAACUGUUUUCCCCCUUCCUGAUUUUUUAUUUUGCAUGUUUGUCACACUUAGUCCAUGACAACACAACUGAACACAAAAUUCACUUUUUACAUGGAACUUUAUUAUUAAGGGAGAAAAAAAAAUCCAAACCUACAUGGCCCUGUGUGAAAAAGUGAUUGUCCUCUAAACCUAAUAACUGGUUGGGCCACCCUUAGCAGCAACAACUGCAAUCAAGCGUUUGCGAUAACUUGUAUAGAGUCUCUUACAGUGCUGGGGAGGAAUUUUGACCCAUUCAUCUUUGCAGUUUUGUUGUAAUUCAGCCACGUUGGAGGGUUUUCCAGCACAAAUUACUUUUUUAAGGUCAUGCCACAGCAUCUUAAUAGGACUCAGGUCAGGACUUUGACUAGGCCACUCCAAAGUCUUCAUUUUGUCUUUCUUCAUCCAUUCAGAGGUGGACAUGCUGGUGUGUUUUGGAUCAUUGUCCUGCUACAGAAUCCAAGUUUGUUUCAGCUUGAGGUCACAAACAGAUGGGCGGACAUUCUCCUUCAGGAUUGGUAGACAGCAGAAUUCAUGGUUCCAUUUAUCACAGCAAGUCUUCCAGGUGCUGAAGCAGCAAAAUAGCCCCAGACCAUCACACUCCCACCACCACACUUUACUGUUGGCAUGAUGUUGUUUUUCUGAAAUGCAGCGUUACUUUUAGGCCAAAUGUAAUGGGACACGCACCUUCCAAAAGGUUAAACUUUUUUCUAGUAUUUUCCCAAAGGUCUUGGGGAUCAUGCAGAUGUUUUCUGGCAAAAUUGAGACGAGCCUUAAUGUUCUUUUCUGUUCAGCAGUGGCUUUCAUCUUGGAACUCUGCCGUGCAGACCGUUUCUGCCCAGCAUCUUUCUUAUGGUGGAGUCAUGGACACUGACCUUAACUGAGGCAAGUGACACCUGCAGUUCUUUGGAUGUUAUUAUGGGGUCUUUUGUGACUUCUUGGAUGAGUCAUCACUGCGCUCUUGGGGCAAUAAACAUUGACCUGACCUAAUGACUGUGAAUUUCAGAUUGGUGUGCUAUUACUGAAUGACUGUGACUUUAAAGCUCAGCAACAGAUCAGUCUCCCAAGGAUGUAGUCCCAAAAAGGCAGUUAAAGAAUGAAGUUUAACAUCAGACACACUUGACUUGGGUUUGGAAUUUUCUGUGAAGAACAUGGUGUGGGGAAGUUUCAAAAGCUUUGUUAUUUAUCCAUCACUCCAACAUUUUUGUAGCCACUAAAAAAUGCUUGAGGUGCUGGACAGUUAACAAGUGGCCCCAUAGAUUUACAACAUUUCAGGGCACCCAUCAUUCUUUUCAAAUGUCAUAAUUUGUCAAUAUUCCAUCAGUGGAUGUGAGAGACAGGGAUUGCUGCACCUGAUUGAUUGUUACAUGACAAACCUCAGAGGGGAGAAACAGGGAAGGAUCAAUAUCGAUACAGCGCAAGUCACACCACAUUUGACUUCUGCCUGUAAAAGCGCGGGACAGCGAUAUUCCUUAGGCUGCGUUAAUUGCAGAAGACAUUAGACAUUUUAGCGUUAUGUGCCGUUUCUUUGUCAAAGACCACUGGGGAACUGUUAUACUGGGAUCUCUAGCUGAACACAGCCAUGAUAAAUCUGUGCAACACCUUCAGUUGUUCCACUGCUACCAAGGGAGUCAGAACCAUCUCUCAUUUUGUGUUGAGAAAAAUGCGCAAUAGGGUUUCUGUUUAAAACCUGCAUUGGGCAGAGUGUUUUCCUCAAUGUGGAAGAAAACAUUCCUCCUGAGUUUCGUUAUUGAGACAUCAGGUACCAUCAAUGUCAGCAGUGACGGGGAACGCCAGAGGAAAAUUAAUGGAUGGGGGGAGAAAGUUACUGAUGCAACUUCAAGUUCAAGGAAAUGAAAAGACACCCCCCAGUUGAUAUCUGUCAGAUAAAAAACACACACACAUAUACACAGUAUGUACUUGUAAAAAAUGUCUUUUAAAAAAAACAACACAUUUAUUAUGCACCGUUUCGAUUUAGGUACAAAAAAUGUUUCACCUCAAGACCCAAAUUAGAACGGUGGGGCCCAAAUUGACUAAAAUACCUCAUGAUGCUAAAUAAUACCUCACAGACAUAAAUCAUUCCUGUCAAACCUCCCGUUUUCCUUGGGGAACUCACGUAUUUUGUGCUUCUUUUCUGGUGAACUCCCAUUUUAAUAGUUUCCCAUAGUUUAACUUUCACAAAAAAAGUCCUCUACAUAUUGCUGGAGCAGCACAACUUCUUGUCCAAUCAGCAACCACACCACUAAGUGAGGCCUUCAAAAUAAAAGCACACCAAAAAAAUAAUGCCUCAGCCAAAACCACUCAUCGGAUUGACUUGCUGUGGCUGAAAGUGAAACAUACUCCACAGUAGGCAGUCGGGUCUUUACACAACUAAAUAUUUUGACAACAAUGAGUUGCCAGGCACUGCAAUAUUCUAAUGAGAAUCAACACUGAAUAGGAUCCCGUAAGUGCUCAGAAGUCAUUGAUAAAUUGGAGUGGUUUUGAGUAUGAGCCUGUAUGAGUUUUGAGUAUGAGCCUGCAUUUAAAAUUAGCAUAAUUCUUACCUACGUUUACUCAUCUUAUGCUCCACUUUGCAUUUCAUUUCUAGUGAGAGAUGAUGGUCUGUUGCUCAAUACAAAAUAUCAGUAUAGGUUUUAUUUAUUUUUUCCAAUCAAUUUUGUUUCCUGAGUAGAUGGAUGAAAGUCUGGGCCGGGGUAAUCUGUCCUGCCUUCAGUCUGCGGAGUGUGUGCUUUGUCUUCUCAUGCAGCUUUUAUGGAUGUUUCCUCUCUCUCACAGUUCCAAAGGACGUACAGCCCAGGUACUACACGAGUCUCUCAGCACAUUUUAUCAAAUACCACACUGCAGUUAGCCUUGAACAAACGCUCAGACGUUUUCUCGUUCUCAGGUGAGUAGUUUGAUUUGAUAUGUUUGUAAAUUUAACAGACAAAACCCUUGAGAUGAACAAGGACAAUCUGAUGUCUUGAACCGAUGAACUUCAGCCUCGAAAGCCAUAAAAAAAAGAUGUCUUAUAUGAGACUUUAUGAUGUUGAAACUUGCACAUACAGUCCUGAAAGCAUAAAUAUACAAUCUAGUUUAGACUUGCUCUCAGACCAAUUAAAUAUAUAGUAGAUUCCUGCACAUUUGCAAUCAGGCAUUCAUGACCCUGCAAAUUUGGGGGGGGGUUGGCCUUUUUUCCCCUCCCAAAAUUGGCUUUUUUUCAGCAGAAAAACACAUCUCAUUCACCAUAAGUUGUUAAUAAUUUUGAAAUACUUGAUAAUACAAGGGAAAUAUACAGCAUUCAUGUACCACUGUUAAAACCAAUGUUAGAAAACUGUUAGAAAACCCCACACAUUUUACAAGUUUAUGUCCUGACGCUUCACUAAUAAUGUUUUUGCAUGAAGUGUUGAGAUUUCACACUUUGGUCAGCUGUCCAUGAACGCACCAUAAUUGUGUGCCGUGUGCUACAAGUAAUUCCGUUAGUGCUGUGCGGUGAGAUUCAUGGCUGGUGAGGCACAGACUCUUUUGGAGGGUUUUUUUAUGUUAAAGGGAUAGUUCGGAUUUUUUGACAUGAAGUUGUAUGACAUCCCCAUCAGCAUUGUAGUCCAAUAACAGCGACUGCCCCCCCACUUGGUGUCCAAAGUCCAGUUCUGGUCAGAUUUCCGUGAUGAAGAACGUAGUUCCACUUAGUUGCUGGGGACAAUGAAGUAAAGAGUUUGGCUUCUCAAAACAAUAUGCGUCCUAAAGAUUAAUACAUUUCCAUCACAAAAAUGCCUUGAUGAUGCGAGUGUCUUCGUCACAUUCCCAUGAACGCACAUACGACAGUGCGCAGGGAUACGGCGGGAGACAGACAUAACGCCAAGCGUUUUGUGAGGUUUGAGUUUUUUGAGAAGGCAUUUUUGUGAUGCAAAUGUUUUAAUCUUUUGAACGCAUAGUGAGGCUCCACAGUGUACCCCGCCUCUCGCCCGAAGACAGCUGGCAUAAUAUCCAGUAUACCCGUGACCUUUGUGAGGAUAUGCGGUAUAGAAAAUGCAUGCAUGGAUGGACUGGUGAGGCUCUGCCUCACCUGCCUCCCAUGACUGCAUGCCACAGGAUUCCGUCUGUUCAUCAAAAAUCUUACAUUAUCAUUCAUUACCGAUGAGCACCCACAGUAUAUGUUUUAUACUUUAAAUGCUUUUAAGUGUGUGACAAAUAUUAAUAUUAAAAGUGAACAAUGGCAAUUGAAGAGACAUGGGGAGGGUUCUGAAGCUGAAUGUAAUUAAUAAUUUCAACAGGCGCUUUUAUUGCAAAUAUUGACCAGAAAUCGGAGAACGUCAACGUCAAGCUAUCAGGAGGGUUUAGCGUGCAUGUGUCAAACGUAGACAUUUUUAUGGGUUAUCAAUUAUGCACAGAUUUUUUUUUUCCAGUCACUGGUGAUCCAUAACGUAAACCCGCACAAAGCAGGGUUCUGCUGUAAGUCUGCAUAUUUGCCCACCUUUAAUAUUGAAUUAUUAUCAUUGCUUUAAAAAUGAUAGUUUGACACGCAAAUGCUUGAAUGUCAUGAUGUUUUCAUUGUCAGCAUGAAGGUGCGCAGUGUCACCAUCUCAAGCGUAAUAAUAACUCUAUAGACGUAAAGAGGCUGUAAUGAUAUCAAAUAUAUCAUUGAAAUGGAAAAUAGUUAAUUAAGUAUGCCUGCACUGCUGCAGGUUUAGUUCAUUUCCCUUUUAUAUAAUUUAAAUAAUGUACCUCUCUCUUAGCGGCAGGCCAUGUGGAUUUGAUCCGAUAAGGACCACAUAAAGAGUUCUGUUUUGCACCCUUGAUGCCUGCAGUAUACACAGGCCCUCAAAUAAAGUCUUCACCCAGAAAUGAUGUUCGCAGAAUGACCUCCCUCGUCUCACUUUUUAAAAAAUUUCAUGUAUGUCAUACUUCCAUACUUCAAACAUUUUUGGCAUGGGCCCUCCUGGUGUGAGGGGAAAGUAUGAACGAUAACUUAUUCAACCAAAGGGAGAAGGAGAAAUGGUCACAAGGGACACUGGUAUAUUUCAUACCACAACUUCCAGUUUAAAGAAAAAUGUCAGGGGGUAUAAUUCAGAGGAUUAAAUCAGAGUAAUUAACAAUGUUUUUUUUCAUUUGAUUCUAGUUUAUACUAUGUGAACUGUUAUUCAUAAUAUACACACAUAACCGCCACAAUAUUAGCAAAAGGUAAUUUAGUGUGUCUUCCCAUACAUGAGCUAUAUACUAAUACUUAUUGAUUGCUUUGAUUAAGUAUAGAAAUACUCAUUUGUGGGGAGGUGCAUUUUGUACUUAGGCAAUCCACCUCUUAACGCAUUCAAUCCCAGGCAUUUUUCAAAAGACAACCCCUUCAGUACUGGCCAUUUUAGACGAUAUUGACUGAUCUUUCAAGGCACACAGAAUAUUGUGUUGUAUGGCUAUAUAAACAUGGAACCUACCAAAAGAAGGAUGAGAUUCUCAUAUUUCAUCAGAAAACAAAAGCUUGUUUCUACACUUUUCUAUUCUUUAGUAAUCAGCAGUAGAACAUACAGUAGGUAAGUUUCAGGAAAAUAUCAGUUCCCAACAAAAAAAAAGGGAGAAAAACAGCUUUUUGUGAAAAGACACAUUUCAAGCAUAACUUUCACUUUGGUUAAUAUUUGGUAAAUAUAUUUUUUGCUUCUUUGACAGCUGAAAUAUCUAAUCAACUACUAUACCAACAUAAACAACACAAAAGUGUUUUUUUUUUACAUCAAAAUAACUAUUUACAAAUAUAACACUAUGCACUAUUUACAGUUUUCACAUUUGGAUCUCAAUUAUGUGUGUGCACGUGUGUGCCUGUACAUGUUGUGUGUGUGCGUGUGUGCACGUGUUUGCCUGCGUGUGUGUGUUAAAAUUUCCCUACAAUAACUUUCUGCACGCUACACUCCUACAAAGCUCUCCAACUUCCUCCUUCCUGUCUUCUGUCUUUUCUGCGUCAUCAUGAGCGCCACGUCUUUGGUAUUGAAUGAGUUAAUACCACCACUAUCACAUCACAAUUAUGCUAACCAUCAAUAAUAUAUCAAUAUGUAGCAUUACAGAAUUGGGAAUGAAUAUCAUUAUUACUAAAGCAAAAAACAAACCCAGUUAACCCUUUUUCUUUAAAUACAUCAUAUCUAAACAACUCCAAACCACUACACUACAGUACAACAUCAUCUGGAGCAGUUCAGUAUCAAUAUCUAUCUUAUAAAAUACCUCACACUCACCACUCACUCUUACUGAAAGCAAUGGUCUGGAAGACUUCUAUUGGAAGUGGCCAACAAACCCAUUCACAGACUGAUAUACACUCCUGAUCAAAAUCUUAAGACAGUUGAAAAAUGGCUAGAAUUUGCAUUUUGCACAUUUAGAUCUUAAUGAGGUUUUAACUAGAGCUACAAUGCAGGAUGGUCCAAAAGAGUGAUGUUGUUCUCCCUGAAGAAGUCAAGCGAGCAUUGUGAACUGCAGCGUUGUCCUGUUGAAAAACCCAGCUGUUACCACACAGACGAGGGCCCUCACUCAUGAGGGCGACCCUGCACCUCCUGAAGCUCCAGUGUUCCACUGAAUGAAAAAGCACCCCAGAUUGCGCUGCAGUUGGCACCAGUAAGGGCCUUAAUUUGGGUGGAAGACCGCCCUGUGUCUUGAUGGACAGCCAAUCGGAUCCUCCGGCUCAGCGCAGGUGUGAUUUUUUUGGAUUUACCACUUGACUUUUUUGGUCCAUAAUGCUCAGGAUCUUUCAAAAAAUGUAGAAUGACUGUCUUACUGCGCCUAACCUCAGCAGCAAUGGUACGCUGCGAGAAGCGUAGCUUAUGCAGCUCGACAAUCCGACCACGUUCAAAAAGAGAAAGCUUCUUAGCUUUAGCCAUCAGGAGGGCAUGACAGUGAAUGCCUGACAGAAAAUGAACAUUUGGAGCAGAUUUUGGCUUUUAUAGCCUGUGGUCUUAAACUUUUGAUCAGCUGAUAAACAGCCUAUUUCAGUUUAAUUGUUGUUUUCAAUAAAUUACUUUUUCAAAGUGCUUUUUGUCUCACUCCCCUUCUUGUUUUUGUAUAUUGUAGCUCUACUUAAAAUCGCAUUAAGAUCCAAACGUGCAAAAUGCAAAUUCUAGCAAUUUUUCAACUGGUCUUAAGAUUUUGAUCAGGAGCGUAUAUCAAAUAUAUUAACUCACUUACUUGUUUAUAUAAUGCACAUAGAAAGAUCAAUAACAUUGUGUCGGAACAGCAUCAAUUAAGCUCUGCGCUGUUCUUAUGAUGAGGCGUUCAAGCGCAUUGCGUAACUCUGAGUGUUGGCAUUGGCUUUCAGACAUCAACCAAUCAGAGGAUGGGAAAAUACAGAUGAUACUGUAUGCCUGCUUGCUGGCCCUGUGGGGCAAAUCUGAAACCUGAUUGGUUAAAAGACACGCCCCAUUGCUAAUAGUUGAAGUGUCAUGGGCCAGCACUCCUAACUCUGAAGGCCCUGAGCAGAUUACAUUGACGUGGCAACACAUCAAAGCUGAAAUCUGAUUGGACAAAACAAUCUUAACAUACACAUACAUGUACUGGAAGCUGGAAGACAUGCUACUUAAUGAAAAUAAUAGACUGUUGGGAAUAAAUUCAUACAAUUUCAUGGAACAAAUACAGCCAUUGUUUAUCGCAGUUAAUUAGUACUGUAGUUCCAGACCCAACCAUGACAAGUGAAUUUCUGUGAAGUAGGAUUUCUUAUUUAUAAAUGGAAUAUUUUCGUAGCUAGAGCAUAGAAAACCUGUUUACAACCUUCUAAAUAUGUUUUUUUUAACAUUAUUAGAACGCUCUCGACAUGAAAUAACACCCCAUAGUCACCAUUACACACGUAUUAUACAGUAGACAUUAAAAGACAGAAAACAAGGCAUUUACAGCCUAAAUAAGGUAUACUAUAGACUCACAUGAUAGCAGCAGGAGAGCCACACCGAGUACUUCCUACAGUAGCUUUUGUCUCAUCAAUGUAACAUUACUGACAUCUAGUGACCAGUGUAGAACACUACAUAUGAGAAACAUACAGUGUUUGAAUGCGUCUUCUGAAUGCCUUAUGUUUGUAUUUUAGUUCAUUUAGCCAUGUUUGUGCUAGAAAAUGCUUGAUUUAGGCCAGAAAUACAUACAGAUGACCUCAAUUUAGCUUAAAUAUGCAUAUUUGACUAAUGAUAGGCAAUAGUCCAUCACAAAACAGCGCUGAUUUAUUAAUCAAUAUAUUUUAAAAACCGUCAUAGAGUGAAGCCACAAAAUUUAAAGCUCAAAGUUGCGUGGGAUGACUGUAGUAGGAUUUAAAUUGUAAGUCUGCUUUUUUUUUACCCCAACCACUUGCUAAAAGGAACCUUCCCUUAUCCCUUGACCUUAAGCUCCCUUCCUUAUCUCCACCACCACCACCACCACCACCACCGCAAGAGUUAUGUGGACCCCCAGGGGAAGUCUCCCCUUCAUAUCAGAAGCCCUUGACUGACAUCAUGCUUUCUUAGGUUUGCAUCUUUCGAACUCUGAUCUUCCUGGUCACAUUUACAUAUAAUUACUGCAGAUCUCACAGUUAGUCUUCUUAUGCACUACAGUGCCUUUACGUUGUUACAAUUAUACUGAAGGUCUGUGCCUCAUUAAUCAUGUAAAUGGCUUUAUCCCAAUGCACAGUGGACCAGUACAGCAAACAUAACAAAGUUUGUUAUUUUUUUUUUUUUUUUGUAUACGUUCCAGAAAGUUUUGUCUGACUCAGUUGUCAGUGUGCUGGCCAUAUGCAUUCAGUGGUUGGCUUUUGCAAUGUUUUUCACAAGACGUACACAAGGUGACACAAGGCCAAUGAAGCGCAUAAUCUGGAGUCAGCAAAGGCAAGUGGCAGAAGGAACAUGUCUUCUAUUUAUCCUCCCUCCCUGUCAGUGUUUUCUUUACCUUCCUCCCGGUCCCUUCUGCGCUUCUCCCUCUGUCUCCUUGUCACCGGAUAACUUUUUCUUUUCCUACUUCUGUCUGUGUCUUCUUCCAUCCCCGUCCCCCCUCGUCUGGCUCAGCCAAACUCUCUGAUCUUACAGGUCCUUGCAUAGAGGCAGACAGUGAUGCUGCAUGGCUUUUCUCAGCUUAUUAAUGUCUUAAGUCUUUGCCCUGCCUUGUGGUGCAGCAUACACUAAGACAUCACUUCCCCAUGCUGCACUGCUUAAUGACACCCCCAAACUACAAUGUGUCUCUAUUAUGUAUGUGGGUGCGUUUGAAGAGCGAGGUAAAUUUAAAUGAGGUGGGGAGAAAAGGUCUGAAAUUCACACACACUAAAAUAAAUAUGGUGACAGCAAAACUCUUGAUUGUCCUUAUCAACAACAAACACACCUAGCCAUGUCUUGUUUCCACAGGGGAUAUGCAGCACACUUUGUAGCUGCACGCUACCAAUGGUUCACACAAAAUAAUACUUUUAUGUUAAAAAGUUUGUGGUAUUGGAAUUAGGCAAGGGGGUUUAUCAAAAUUACAUUUAUUAGAAGAGAUGUAUCAAACUUCUUCCUGUGUCAUUAUGUUUAUUAAUGUGUCUGUAAUUUGCAGUGGUGGGGAAUUAAGCAAGGUGUUUCCGGGUACAAGACACACCUGAAUAAAUGUCACAUGUCUGUUUAAUUUAAUCUGAAGUCUGCUUGAAGGGGAAGCAAAAGCAGUGAAGUGAAACAAAGUAAUAAAGUGAUAAAAGACUUUUUACUUGCUACAGUCAUCCAGGAUAUACUGUAAAUAAGAGGUACUUGAUUUGGCCCUCGAGGGACUCAGCUGCCUCAUUUGAACAACAUGCACUAUAAAAUAACAAUGGCGUGUAGUCAGGGCCAGCAAUGCCUUCUCUGUUGGCCUACCACUACCAGAAGCACAGAUUUACAAUUUUAAUUCUAAUGAUUGUUCCAUGUAUUUGUAUCAGUUUAUUCCCAACAGUCUAUUAUCUAAUUUACUAGUGUCUUUCUUGGCUGCACUGCUUCCAGUUGUGUAUGUGUAUGUAAGAUUUUUUUGUCCAAUCAGUUUCUAUGUGUCGCCAUAUCAAUGUAAUCUGUCCACAGCCUUCAGAAUCAGGAGUGCUUGUCCCUGUCACAUACACACUGUUAGCAAUGGGGCUGUUUUGUUGUUGUUUUUUAGCCAACCAAAUCUCUGAUUCACCUCUGAGGGCCAACUUGCAGGCCCCCAACUCUGAUUGGUUGAUCAGAGCAAAUGGCAGGCUCCCAGAGUGUCAGCAAGAUAAGUUACACUCAUAAUAGCUGACUGAGGAGGAGAAGUUGACAUCUACAGUCAUGGAAAAAAUGAUUAGACCACCCUUGUUUUUUCAGUUUCUUGUCCAUUUUAAUGCCUGAUACAACUAAAGGUACCUUUGUUUGGACAAAUAUAAGAAUGACAACAAAAAAGCUCAUAAAAGUUACAUUUUUUGGCAGUACAAUGCUAUAGCUUUUCAUGUAAGAACUUAAGUGAUUUUGGUUAUUAUCAAGAAAACCAUGAAAAGUUGCUAGAUACCAGCUCUUAAAUUAAACUCUUAUGAGCUAUAAUUUGUUAUCAUCAUUAUAUUUGUCCAAACAAAUGUACCUUUAAUUAUAGCAGGCAUUAAAAUGGAUCAAUAAACUGAAGAAACGAGGGUGGUCUAAUUAUUUUUCCAUGACUGAAUGGUGAGCAAAUGUAUAUUAUUUAAAAGUUUUAGGUUUUUGUUGUGUUAGUCGAUAAAUAUUGAUUCUGAACUGCGCCAUAUUGCGCUGUAUUUACAUACUGCGUUGUAUUUACACUCUACAUUCGGCUGAGCCCCAACAAGCAUCGCCGAUCACCAGUAGAAAUGAAUUAUUUAUGAUCGAAGUUGAGAGCAGAAAUGUAAGUUGGGGUUAUCAGUGACAAUGUUUUGGAAGAUAAUGGGUUAAGUUGGUGUCUUGCUUCAUUAAUUAUGAUAUAGUGGUGACCAUAACUCCGCUUCAUAACACACCUUAUAUGUUGAAAAAAUCUGUCUUGACAAUUUAGCGACAUGGUCACUAUAUUUAGGGAGUAGAGCUGCACAAGUGAAAGACAGCAUGUUUCUUGCGUCAUGCAUUUAUUCCGUAAUGAAGCACAAGCGAUCGAUAAAGGCAAACUGGAUCUCCACCUCUGUACUGCUGUGCAAUGCCAGUCUGAAAGCUGCAAAAAUCUCCACAAUGCAAUCCAAGCCUUGACCAGCUACAGAGACAAGAAGACAGAACUUGGACACACUCCUCCCUCACCUAGCAACUAGGGAUGAGCCGGAUACUCGUUUUAGACGAGUAUCCGUUACGGAUAAUGCAUUUUUGCAGAGUACGAGCAUGAAAUGAGUGCAGCUUGUCAUUAUCCGUAAUCAUGAUGAAGGAAAAUCCUCGUUGAGUAACUACUUAUGUAUUCACUCUUCAUGCUCUGUGAUUGGGCAGUCACACACAGCGACUGCCACUACCUAGACAGACUCCCUACAGCAAGGGAGAGGAUUUGACAAGACAGAGUUGAAAACGGCUUGGUGACUGCCUCCACUCCGGACGGGGAUUUUUUUUACGUUUUCCUCAGCUCAGCUCGUAUCUAAAGUUACUUGCUAAACUUGUUUUGUUAUGUAUGUGGUGCAUUUGACAAGACAGAGCUGUAAACGGUUGCGUUGGUCACUGCUGGUGUAUUUUUUUUAAAUUCAUCUGCUUGCUUCUAAUUUGGCUGGUGAUAUAAAGUCACUAUCAACUUCUUGCCCUUGAGAGCUGCCAAUUCCAUCUCUGUACUAACAUUAAUUAGAGAGGGACAGAAACAUCCUAACCAUCCCGCUACCAACCCAGAAACUGGACAGCUAGCCAUGGCCUCGGAUUGGAAGAUGCCAGCUGAUAUUGGCAAGCAACUAAUCUUUCCCCCAGAGAUUGCAACCACCACCCUCAGGCCAGACUUGGUGCUAUGAUCCCCUUCACUAAAGGUGGUCUACAUCAUAGAGCUCACGGUCCCAUGGGAGGAUUCCACCAAAGUGGCCUACAAAGGAAAGAAACUGCGCUACACAGACCUGGCAGCGGAUGCACAACAACGAGGAUGGAAGGCCAAGGUCUAUCCAGCUGAAGUAGGAUGCAGAAGUUUUGUGGCCUCCUCUACCAUCAGGCUUAUGAAAGACCUUGGCAUUCAUGGACAGGCUUUGCGACAGACAAUCAGUCUCUUCAGGUCAGUCUCUGAAGCGGCCGAAAGAAGCAGCCAGUGGCUAUGGAUCAAGCGCAAGGACCCUUGCUGGGCUCAAAGCAGAGGGGGGAACACACCUGGAACGCCAGGUGUUACCGAUAACCUCUCUGGAGGUGUCAUGGGCCUAUCGGUGGGCCUAUAAUUGAAACCCCAAGGAGGGUACCCGCCUGACGACCCUAAAGAAGUUUAAUACCCACCCCCUUCCUUCCUGCCCUUACCCAAUGGUGGAGUGUGGGGGGGAAGGGAGGAGGCUGAGCGGCGACCCUUUCGGCGAGGCAGUUCUUUGGUCCCACGUAGGGACCUUACUGACUAGAUCAUUGCUCAUGGCUUUUUCACGGCCGAUACCAAUACUGAUUUUUAGUAUUCACAGAGACCAAUAACCGAUAUUUAGAGCCGCAGUAAGAGUGAAAAUAUUGGUGACAAAAAUUUUUAUAAUGAAUUCUCCAACUUUUAACUUACUAUUACUCAAAUUAUUUUGCUUAAACCAUGCAGUACAAUUCAUCAGAGUACUAUGUAUAGUAGUGUGUAGUAGUGUAUGUACUGUAUAGUAGUAUAAUCAGACAUUUACUUGGUUGUAGUUUGCCAUUUGGGAUCAUGCAGUUAUGCAAGGUGCUUGUGCAAACAUAUUGUGUGAAAUAUACUCAGUAAAAGCAUAAAUAUUAUAUAUAUAUUAUUGUUAUGAUUGGACAAUGCCAAGAGUACUGGAGACGAGCCAGUCCGUGUAAGAAAAAUGUAUUAACAGAAAGUGUCCACACAGUAGAAAAACACAGGAAACACAAAAACAAAAAACAACCUGGACCUGGUCGCGGGAAACCCCCCCGCUGCUGAGCACGGAAAACUAGCAGGAAAAAAAAACUAGAGAACUAAAGGAGUGCAAAAAAGGGAGCAGAGAAAAAACACUAUCACAAAACGCUACUGAGAACAAGCAGGAUACACUGGCUAACAAUAGCACUAACCACUGCAGGAGAGCCCGUGAGGGAACAAUCGGGUAUUUACAAAAAGUGGAAAAAAAGCGACCAGGAAGUAUCUAAGCACGAGGAAACUGCUGGGAGGAGCAGGUCGCAGGCGAAGAGCAGGUAACAAUCUAGAAAAGAACGCAGUGCAACUUUAAGAAGGCAGACUGGGUAAUUGCAAACAGGUGUGUAAAUUGGCUCCUCCCAGGUGCUGCAACACAUGGCAGAUAGGGGGCAGCAGACAGCACACAGACAAUUGACUGUGACAAUUAUGAAGUUAUGGAUGUCACAAUGUACCGAGAUCAUCGUGUUUAAUUGAAUUAUUUUUCAAUUAAAGUAAACAAAGAUACUAGACAGACAACAUUGUUUUGUGUGUUUUUUUGUGAUCAAGUUCUAUGUGCUAGCACAACUGGCUUCCAAGUGGCAAGUCUCCACUCUUUGCAGUACAUACGAGUUUAUUUCCCAUGGUUAUAGUUAUGGUUUUUUUAUGGUUCAAUUUUUUUGAACAUGCAUACAAGUUACAUUAUAAUAUGUCUUUUUGUCACAAUUCACAAUUCCGCAUGUCCAAGUGGAGUAGAAAGAAGCAAAGCUUAUUCCAUCCUACCCCAUCCAUUUCACAUCAAUCACACUACAUUAAUUCACAAUACAGUAAUUCACCCCCUAUAUUUUAAAUGUACUCUUUGCCAAGAUACAAAGGAAAAUGGUAAGGUAGUCCAACAAUGUGGUCAAAUAGGAGUCAAAGUUUUCAGUUCCUGUAAAUAAAUUAUAUAACAAUCAUAAACAAUAAGUAUAUAAUAGUAAUAGCUGAUGAAAGGGUUAAUAGUUGGAUGACAGAGUCCAAACAAUGUCUUCAUAAAAUAAAAAAUAAAAAAAUGAAUUGGUAGCAAGUGCAGGAGUGGUUGGAUACAACAUUACAUGUACACAGAAGUUCAGGAUUCUGCCUCCUUGUACUUUGUAAACAUCAACUGGCAGAAUUGUUUCUUGAAAUCGCUCAUUUUAGUGUAUGGUUUGAGUUCCUUCCCAAUCCACUCCAUAAUUUUAUUCCACAUACUGAUAUGCGUAUAUAAGCGUUUAAAAUGACAUUUUUCCCUAAGGUCAUAUUUCACUUUCCUCUCUUGUUGAGAAGAAUUGUAUCAUGUUUUUGGGUAACAGAUUAUUGUUCGCUUUAUGCAUCAUUUUAGCGGUUUGAAAAUGAACUAAAUCAACAAAUUUUAAUAAUUGUGAUUUUAGGAAUAAAGGGUUGGUAUGUUAUUUAUAAGCGGAAUUACGGACUAUCCUAACUGACCGUUUUUAUAGCACGGUUAGCGAGGGAAGUGUACUUUUAUAGUUAUUUCCCCAUAUCGCCACACAAUAAGUUAUAUAUGGUAAUACCAGAGAACAAUGGAGAGUAUGGAGUGAUUUCUGAUUCAGAAAAAAUGUUGCCUUAUUGAGUAUAGAAGUGUUUCUUGCCACUUUAUGUAUAUUUUUAAUGUGGGAUUUCCAACUCAUUUUGUCAUCUAUUGUAACACCUAUACAUUUAUUUUCAUUCACCCUGUCAAUGUCUAAGCCAUCUAUUUGUAUUUGCGCAUCAAUGUCCUUUCUGCUGUUACCAAAUAGCAUUAUUUUAGUUUUACUUAGCUUCAGGGAUAAUCUGUUUUUAUUUAACCAUUUUUUAGUAUGAUUAUUUCAUCUUUGACUCUUGUGCGCAUUUCCCGAACAAAAUGCAGCAGUAUCGUCUGGAAAUAAUACUAGCUUCAGGUCUUUCGUCGCUUUACAGAUAUCAUUUAUAUAUAGGUUGAACAAUUUGGUCCCAGUAUUGACCCCUGAGGUCAGCCCAUCUCCAUAUCUUUUAUUGACUGUCUGACUAACAAAAAAAGGCAGAUGCCGAUAUGUGUCAAAAUUACGACAAUUGGCCCGGCUGAUUAUCAGUCGAUCACAAGAAUAAAUAUGGCAAAAAAAACAAAAAACGUCACAAACGUUAAGAUUUACAGUAUAAUAUCCUACAAACAGUCAUCGAGUAGUUGUGGUUUAAAGGUUUACAUUUCUGAUUUUCGAUGGAUUAAAAGAGGCGGCAUGGCUGAGGUGGUAGAGUGGUCGUCUGCCAACCUGAAGGUUGCGGGUUCGAUCCUCUGUCCUCCUGUGAUCAUGUUGACGUGUCCUUGGGCAAGAUACUGAACCCUCAGUUGCUCCUGAUGCUGUUAGCAGUGUCAAAGUAUCUUUGGCUGGGAUUACCUCUCUGCGGCCCCUUGCUGGUCUU